AAUAAAUCGUUGAUCUAAUACCGUAAUUAAUUGGAUCAAUCCGCAGAUAAAUGUAGAUACGUAUAAGGAAAAAGUUUACUUCAUAACAAAUAAUUCGUAAGCAACGUCACGAAUCGAGCGAUAAGAACUCCGGAGCAGCAUAACAAAUGAAAUGUUUAUUAUUAUUGAGCAUUUUUCUUUAGGAUUCGGUUUCGCUGUUUUCCAAGUUGACAUUUGUAGAUAACGGCGAUGCGAAUGACGUAUUACCUUUCUUCGAAUUACCGAGUGAAUCACACGGGAAAUCGGCCUUGACUUUUAAAUUGCUCUGUAUAAUUAAAUUGAUGCAAAGUCCUUCGUGGAGAUACUUUAUUUCACAUGGAGAUAUUUUAAUUGGCCGUUCUAGUUGUUGUCAUUUUAUUCGCGCAAUCGCGUCGAUGACACGUGUACGGAACAAAUUGAUAAAGAAAACGAUAUGUAUGCGGAAAACGAUUUUUACAGAUUUUUCAUGAAACACGACCUGCUCUGACUGGAACAAGGGGGGAGUUCUGAUGAGAACAUAUAUAUAAGCUAAAGAAGUUUAAUAAUCAGACAGUCUUGGCAUAUCCGCUCACUUUGCGGUUUAGAUUACGUUCGAUUUUUCAUUCAAUUCUCUGACAAUUUUCACACUUACACUUACGCGCAACAAUAUUCGAAUAUUCUCAAGAUCGCAUAAACAUUUGAUCGUAUAGGAUGGCAGUCGCGACAGAACUACCAAAACUUAUCCGUGGCGGGAAUUACAUCAGAGAAGGCUGGGACUCGGCUAAAAGCAUCUGCUUGAUUUUCUGUCCCAACGAAGAGGACGAAAUUGGCUCGCUGGGACGAUAUCUCCAGCUCUUUACCGAACACAAAGUGAAUCUCUUACACAUCGAGUCCCGAAGUUCUCUCCGACAACCAAACGGCUAUGAAUUCAUGGUGGAAUGCGCGCCAGGUGGUAAUAUCACUUUCGUGAUUGAAUCUCUACGAAGUCAGUGCAGCUAUUUCUCAAUAAUUUCUAGAAAUCACAGAGACAACAUAGACACAGUGCCGUGGUUUCCCCGGAGGAUACGCGAUCUCGACAAGUUCGCUAAUCAGAUUCUGUCAUACGGCGCAGAGCUCGACAGUGACCACCCCGGUUUCACCGAUCCCGUGUACAGGAAGAGAAGAAAAUAUUUCGCCGACAUCGCUUAUCAUUACAAACACGGACAACCUAUUCCGAGGGUGGAGUACACGCCCGAAGAGGUAGCCACAUGGGGCAUGGUCUUCAGGAACCUGACGAAACUCUAUCCGAAAUACGCUUGCAGGGAACACAAUCACGUUUUCCCAUUGCUCAUCGAGAAUUGUGGUUAUCGUGAGGAUAACAUUCCCCAACUCGAGGAUAUAUCGAAUUUUUUGAAAGACUCCACUGGCUUCACGCUACGUCCAGUAGCAGGACUGUUGUCUUCGCGCGAUUUUCUCGCCGGCUUAGCCUUCAGGGUGUUUCACAGCACGCAGUACAUACGACACAGCAGCAAACCGCUCUACACGCCGGAGCCGGAUGUGUGCCACGAGGUCUUAGGUCACGCACCGCUUUUCGCUGAUCCGGCCUUUGCACAGUUCUCGCAAACCAUUGGUCUGGCCUCCCUCGGUGCUCCGGACGAUUACAUAGAGAAACUCGCGACGUGCUUUUGGUUCACGGUGGAAUACGGAAUAUGUCAGCAAAAUGGGGAAUUAAAGGCCUACGGCGCCGGUCUGCUCUCGUCUUUCGGCGAAUUGGAAUAUUGCCUGAGCGGCAAGCCGGAAUUGCAACCGUUUGAUCCGCCGAAGACAGCUUUGCAAAAGUAUCCGAUAACGGAAUAUCAACCCGUAUAUUUCGUUGCGGAAAACUUCGAGGACGCGAAGGAGAAGAUGAUAAAAUUCGCGCAAACUAUACCGAGGAAAUUCGGUGUCAGAUAUGACGCUUACACGCAGAGCAUCAGCAUUAUCGAUAGCAAACAACAAGUGGAGACCCUUACGAAUAACCUGAAUCAAGAAGUGCAAAUUCUGAUGGACGCUUUGAAGAAACUGCAGCACUAAAGUUAAAUUUAGCGAAAAGAAAAUAAUGUAAUGCCUAAUAUGUAAUAUAUAAUAUAAUUAUAUAAUAUAUAAU